UGCCCCCACACCUGUCCCUUCCCCGCCUCCGCGGCUCCGCCCCCCACCUACAAUUCGAGAUUUGUUCUCACUCGCGUAGUUCCCCCUCUCUGUCUCGGUCCCCGUCUACGUCGUCUCUCGCAUUUUUCCUUUGCUCCUCUGGUUGGAAGUUGGAACUAACCUCGCUGUCUUGGCUGAGCUACUCCAUAUCUCCCACGCGAGUCACAAGACAGCAGAACGCGCGCGAAACCAAAGAGAGAGAGCGCUCAGCGUGCAGAGCGAGCAGUUGGUGGUGAGCCUUUACUACCGCCAACCCCAAGAUUUAAUUGCGUCCUCCUCCUGUGCCGCCGCGCUCUCUCUCUCUCUCGCUUCGGAUGCCGCUAUUGCUGCUGCUGCGCCUGUGGCUGCCAUAAGUAUAUCGCACUCCACGGUGACCGACCGACCGACGCAGUCGUCACGGGCGCGGCAGAUAGCUGGCUAGUGGCUAGCACCGCGCGUCGAGACGGGAUGGGCGAGAGGAGGCGCCGUGCCAGCGCUGUCGCCGGCGGCCGGGCUGAGGAUGAGAAGGCUGCUUCGGCGCCUGCGGCCGCGGCCCCGGCACCGACGGUGUGGUUCGCGCUGAAGAGGUCGCUGCACUGCCGGUCCGAGCCGUCGGAGGUGCACGUGCCGAGGCCCAAGGCCGUCGCCGCCGCCGCUGCGGGCGGUGGCGGGCACCUCUCGGCGAUUGUGACCAAGCGCGCGGCGCCGCGGUCGGGUUGCUCCCGGUCGAUAGCCAACCUGCGGGACGUCAUCCACGGGAGCAAGCGCCACCCGGAGCGGCCGCCGAGCUGCAGCCCGAGGUCCAUCGGCAGCAGCGAGUUCUUGAACCCCAUCGCCCACGAGGUGGUGCUCAGCACCAACUCCCGCUGCGAGCUCAAGAUCACCGGCUUCGGUGGCUGCGGCGGCCUCGCGGCGGCGGCGGCGGCGGGGGGCGGCGUACUCGCGUCGCCGCACGAGGCGGACGGCGACGGCGCCGUGGUGUCGUCGUUCGUUGGCACGCUCCGGCCGGGCACCCCGGGGCCCGGCUGGAGCCACGGCCUGCAGUACAGCGGCUCGUGCCGGGGCAGCAUGCGGUGCACGCCUCCGAGGUCGCCGAAUGUGCUGCUGGACAGCAGGGACGCCGCCGCGGCCGGGGUGACCGCUCACCGCGCGUCCUGCGAGGACGCCGUCAAGAGCUUUGGCAAGGGCGGCGGCCUAAGCUGCCACCGUUGCGGUGAGCAGUUCAGCAAGUGGGAGGCACUGGAGGCGCACCACCUUUCCAAGCAUGCAGUGACGGAGCUGGUGGAAGGGGACUCGUCGAGGAAGAUCGUGGAGAUCAUCUGCCGGACGAGCCUGCUCAAGUCGGAGAGCAGCUGCGUGCGGAUCGAGCGUGUGUUCAAGGUGCACAACACGCAGCGGACGCUGGCGCGCUUCGAGGAGUACCGUGAGGCGGUGAAGCUGAAGGCGAGCAAGCUGCCCAAGAAGCACCCGCGCUGCCUCGCCGACGGCAACGAGCUGCUCCGAUUCCACGGCGCCACGCUCUCCUGCGCGCUCGGCGGCGCGGCGGGCUCCUCCAGCCUCUGCGCCUCCGACAAGUGCGCCGUCUGCCGCAUCAUCCGCCACGGAUUCUCCGCCAAGAAGGAAGGCAAGGCCGGCGUCGGCGUCUUCACCACGUCCACCAGCGGCCGCGCCUACGAGUCCAUCGAGGCCUCCGCCGGCGCCGUCGUCGGUGGCGACGACCCGGCGGCGACGCGCAAGGCGCUGCUGGUGUGCAGGGUCAUCGCCGGCAGGGUGCACAAGCCGCUCGAGAACCUCAAGGAGUUCGCCGGACAGACCGGCUUCGACUCGCUCGCCGGCAAGGUCGGGCCCUACUCCAACAUCGAGGAGCUCUACCUGCUGAACCCGAGGGCGCUGCUCCCGUGCUUCGUGGUCAUCUGCAAGGCUUAACUCCAGAGUCAUGCAUUGCAAACGACUAAUUAAUCAAGUAAUUAACCAUUCUUUCCUUCGUGUACUAGCUACCGAUCGGUUGCCAGCUUGUUGCCGUCUCUUCUGUAUGAGCUAGUAUCCAUCAGAUGCAUUUGUCCAUACUUGUGUGAGCGUACGUGGGGGGUCACGUGUAAGAGUGGAUCGAUUCGCCAUCUACUUGCAUGCUUACCAGACGACAGCGAAUCAACCAUGCACCGUGAAGCGAAACUAACCAUUAGUUUUGUUACUUACUCAUUUUCGGUUACUUGGAAUA